AUGCCGAACAAUCCCGCCGAUCCACUUACCCAGAACACUCUCCCUAAACGCUUCAACCCAGCCCAGAAGCGAUCCCAUUCACAAACGUGCAACUCUCAACAAAAGAAAAAUCCACCGUCAAGAUGCAAGAGGUUCCGCGUCGGGGAGAGGUGCUGCGAGUUCGAGUGCCUGGACGACAUGGAUGCAAAUUGGACCGGGCCUGAUUUGAUUAUCGCCGCUGGUUCCUCCAGGAUCGAAGAACAAGGGAUAUUCUGGCUGAUAGGUAUAACGGCGCUGUUGACAGCGCUCUAG